ACUUAUUCUUUAUAAGUCAUAUAAAAGGAUCUGCUGUUUAGAUUAUUGGUCCUAAUGAGAUUUCAAACUUAGAUUAUUAUAUUUUGUGUUAAAUAACUUUUGAUAUAUUCUCAGAUUUCUUCAGAUCUUUAUAAUAACAUUAUUAAAAAUUAGAGACUAAAAGAUGUGUAAUUGUUGUCGUAUAUAUACGAAUAUUUCUAGAUUCAUACAGAAUGAGAAAAGUUUGAUGGUAAGUAAUUGUGAGUUUGAAGAUAUUUCUCUUCCAAGAAACUUUUUAAUUUACAGCUGGGUUAUUGUACGUACAGUGAUAAUUUUAUGAAAAAUAUGAUUUGGUAAUUUGCUGAUUAUGUUGCACAAACGUGUGAAAAUAAGUGUACGUGCUGGUUUUCCAGAUGCACCUUUACAAAAUAAUUGCUAUAAUACUAUAUUACAGUAUUUCAAACUGUGUCCAGACUUCCAGUUACUGCAUUCACACACUGCUGUAGCAAAACAUUUAAAGCUGAACCAACCAUAAGGAAUGUGUAAUGUACCCAAGUAUAACAAAAAAACCUCAAUAACAGAAACAUAUUGUUUGAAAUUAUUUUAAUUUGUAUUGUGCUGAACUUUAGCUGUAAUAGUUUUUAGUUUCUGCAAAGUUUUUAUUUAAUUAAUUAAUUAUUUUUAUUCUUCUCUGUAACUGGUAUUAUAAUUUUUUUAGCCUGUAUUAGGGUUAUAAAAUUAUAUAUUAGUGCUGUUAAUUGAUUAAAAAAAUUAACUAAAUCACACAUUUUUCUAUAAUUAUUCGCAAGUUUUAAUAUAUUUUUAUAUAAUACUUUUACAUUGAAUGUAUAAAUGUUGAAAAUGAAUAAGUACAUUUAAAAAGCAGUUUAGAAAAUAAAGGCUGAGAAAUAUCUUCCUCUUUGAUGUCCUCACUGUCUAUUACAAGUUUCAGUUCCUCUCUGAUGAUGAUGCAGUUUUGGUCAAAGUCAUGUGAAAUUAGAGUCUGGGCAGAAAUUGAGGAAAUGAGAGCACACUGACUCUAAAAUGAGUUCUCCAUCUCCUGAAACAAACUGUGCAUCACUGAAGAGUGAUCAGUCCAUGAUGGAGGUUCUCCUUGAAUUCAGUUAUGCAGUGACCCCUGACCCCAGUAUCCGCAAGAGAAAAAUAUCAAAGUCUCCAGAACCAAGCUGUGUGUCUGUGAAGAGUAACUCAUCCAUGGAUCACCCAUUUCAAUUCAGCGAUGAACCAAUGACCUCUGACCCCCUGUUAGUAUAAACAUGAAAUUGCAAAUUCACUGUAGUACAUAUUGUAUGAAUAGUGAUUUAAGAGACUCAGUGAAGUAACACAAACCCCCAGUUUCACAGACAAGGCUUAGGCUAGUCCUAGACUAAAAUGCAUGUUUGAGCUGUUUUAACUGAAAGCAACUUGCAUUGACAUGUAAAAUAUCUGAGAAUUAUCUUUUAAAGGGGACCUAUUAUGCCCCUUUUUACAAGAUGUAAUAUAAGUCUCAGGUGUCCCCAGAAUGUGUCUGUGAAGUUUCAGCUCAAAAUACCCCAUGGAUUUUUUAUUAUACCAUAUUUAAACUGCCUAUUUUAGGAUGGGAGAAACAAUUUGCUGAUUUGGCGUGUGUAUCAUUAAAUGCAAAUGAGCUUGUGCUCGCCGCCCCCAAGCUCAGGAUUCCAAUACACUGAGGCAUAAACAAUACAGGAGAAGCUCACACAGCAAAUAUAACUCUCAAAAUGGAUCAUUACGAACUGUUUGUGAUGCAGCAUAUCAGCUCACGUAGGUAUGGCAUGUAUUUUGUGGAUGUUCGUGAAUAGUUUGAUAGCUAACGUAGCUAAAGCUACACUCUGUUGGAGAAACUCAAUAAGAAUGAAGAUGCGUUUAUGAAUUAUACAGACUGAAAGCAUUUUCGGGUAGCCACAUUUAACAGUACAUUAGCUAAGUGCCAAUGAAACACAUUGAGAAAAACAGCUUGCAAACACCACGAAAUAUAACAGUUGGUAUUGAUCCAUCUUUGAGAAUCAACUUCUGUGCAAAUCCUGUUUUACUGACCCUCAUGUGCAAAGCAGUCUGGUGUAAAAUAACUUGUGUAUACUGGUAAAUGGCCACGUUCACACAACAGCAGAAUACAGAUGUCAGUCCUGUAUUUGUGUCCUUAAUACGGUUACGUUCACACACAGUACAGAGAUAUGAACUGUGCGACAUUAAGGUGUUAGAUCCAGUCACUGUUCUCCACCAGAGCAGCUCCCAUCAGUUUUGUGUUUCUUUUUUUAAAUUAAAAUGCCGUGUCGUGUGCAAGACGUCACAAAGGACGUUGACACGCGAGUGCAACGGUGUUGCUAUUGGUUAAUGAAGUUUGAAUGGAUAAACUCACGGUUCAAUUGGUCUCUUGUCAUGUCAAAAGUGAUGAGACUUUUCAGUUUUAUGGACGUUGCCAUCUUUAAUAUUAGUUUUAGGGACAUCGCCAUCUUUAAUAUUAUGAUGGUCACUGUCGUUAUGGUUAUUAGUAAGAGAAUAUGGGCUUGAGUGCUGCUGUGCUGUUUAGUACUGGUAGCUUGAUUACUGCAAUGCUGUUCUGGCUGGACUUCCAUCACGUGUAAUCAAACCAAGUUUCAGAAAACUGCAGCACGUCUAGUUUUUAACCAGCCUAAGAGGGCCCACGUCACACCUCUCUUCAUCUCUCUGCACUGGGUCUCACUUGUGCUCGCACGUUACUCCCAAAAACACACCCAUGACUCAUUAAGAGAAUAGGUACAACCCAUUUGGACCAAUGCUCCUGGCUGGUUUCCCUGUUGUUAAACUGGCAAAAGUGGAUUCGGACACGCCUUAAAGUACACCUGUGCCAUGUGCUUCAGACCGUGCGCUUAGAUCAUUAAAAUAGGGCCCAUGGACUUGCCAAACAGCAGUUACAAGGAAAAAGCUAGACAGGCAACAAUAAAAAAACAUGAAGGCUACUUAUACAGACAGACUAAUGACUAACAAGGAACACCUGUACACAAUCAAACAAUGAAUAAGUGAGAACACAGGAAACAUGACUAAACCAACUAAUCAGAAUAUUACAAUGGCAGGGGCACGUUCAAGCUCAAACCGGUGCGCAACGUUUUUCUACGGUUUCCGGGUUGAACGACAUGUUUCCUGGAAAUGGUGUGCAACGAGUCUGAGAUACGUUUUCUCUUGUUUGAUGGGUGUCAGAAAUGUCAGCCCAAUCAGCGGCAACAUGUAUAUAAACCACGCUGUAUUAAAGAGACAGCUCGCACAAUGGGUAUGAAUGUAACAUAAAAAUACUAUACAUAUUUAUAUUGUAUUGUGAAGUGACACUUUCAUAAACUUUUCUAUACUCCUCUGAUUAUAUAAUGGUAAAUAUUACAAUAUCAUAGCACAACAACAGUGAUCAGCAAUAAUGAUAAGCCUAAUACUCACAAUAAAAAUAAUAAGGUCAUAUAGAUCAUAACACAGUCUUGGAGGUAAGAAGUGGAUUAUUCUUCACCUGAAAUGUUUGUCUUUUCAUCCUGAAAUGCGAGGCAAAUGUUGGAUCACAAUAAUUAGAAGUUUCCACAAAUCCCUUCACUUGAUUGGGGUGUUCUCUUUUAUUCUGGACGGCAAGGGCAGUGACUGUAACAUCGAGCGUAUUUUGCAGUAUUAAACACGAUUUCAUCAGGCUCCGAAAAUUCUUCAAAAAGAACACAAAGAAUGGCCUUCUCAGCUGCCAUAGUUGCAACGCUUAUGUCAUCAGAACAGGGUGUUCAACACACCACCACUUCCAUUUAAAAAAUGUUUUGCAACGUUUUGUUGGGGCUGAACGCAGCCCAGGAUAACAUAAAGGGCAAGGGAAGCACAUGACGAACAGGAAGCAUGACAGUGAGAAAUACAAAAUAAAAGACAUAAAAUAUAAACAUGAAACAAAACCUAAAACAACAUGACAUGGUUUUUAAAUUCAAACAAUCUUUUUUUUUUUUAAUAUAAAGAUUAUACUGAACUGUAUGUUUAUAUUUAUGGUUUGAAAUUAACACCACCAACCUGCCAAAUGCGGGUGAAAAUCGACCGUGGCGGGUAACACACAUCAAUUCACUAGCCAAUUUGGCGGGAUCAUAAAUUAUGUUCUAUCACUUUGCAUGCCACCGCUAUCAGAGCUUUUCCCCUAAAAGGAGAACAUUAACUCAAACAUUAGCAAAACAAAGCGUAAACAGGUCGCAAACUGAGAGCAGUGCAGCACCACGUCUUUAAAAUUAGAAGAUAGCCUAUUCUAUGCCCGCAAACUUGCGUCUAUUUGCGCACCCAACAGCUGUUCAAAAUCAUGCCGGGCCAUAGUUUGCCAUUCAAAGUUUUCUAAAAUACAAUGAUUUGGGAUGGAUAUAUGUACAUUCUGACUUCACCCUAAUCUGCAAGACUGUGUAUUGUGCAUUUUAAUAACAGGUUUGUUUUUGUGGUUUAAGUGCUUCAUGUAGAGAAAUAAUAAUCGCCCUUUCUCUUUGUGUUUACGCAGUUUUUUUCCUUAUACUGACGCUACUUGGUUAAUUCUUGAAGUGAACUUUUUGUACGUUCUGUGAUUCAAUUCACCAUUUUAAACUGCCACCUUUAACUUCAGAACGUGAGUACAGAAAUACAGGAACGGUGUUCAGUAUGUUAGGCCUACAGUGAGAUGUCCGAGGCGCAGUGCUUCCCGUCCAGUGUGUGACCGGUUAACACUCAAAUCCGUUCUCAUAAAUGCUGCAUGUUCAAGACACUUGCCCAAAAAGCGUCUUUAUACACACAGGAAGGAGACAUAUGAGCCGAUUACAUCUCUGCCGCUCUCUACAUCCCAUUAUCAGACCCACAUCAGACAGGAUCAAACUGAAGCAGUCCUGCAGACACAUACACUGGAGACUGGAGACCUGCAGAGAGUCAAAGUCCAGCACAGAACCAGCAUGAAGAACAAAUAUGAGAGAUUAUUUGAGGGAAACAAUCUCCAAGACAAUGAAACCCUCCUGAACAGGAUCUACACACAGCUCUAUAUCAUAGAGGGAGAGAGAGAAAGAGUGAAUGAGGAACAUGAGGUUUUACAGAUAGAGAAAACAGACAGAACACAAGACACUCCAAUCUACUGCAAUGACGUUUUUAAAGCCUCACCUGAACAAGGAUGUGAGGAGAAAGACCAAAUCAAGACUGUUCUUACUAAAGGCAUCGCAGGAAUCGGAAAAACCGUCUCGGUCCAGAAGUUUGUUCUAGACUGGGCUGAGGGAAAAGCCAAUCAGGAUGUGGAUUUCAUGUUUGUGCUUCCAUUUCGGGAUCUCAACUUGAUUCGAGAUGAUCAGUACAGUCUUUACAGACUUCUGCUGGACUUUUAUCCUGAACUUCAAGAUGUUGACUCAGAGUUUUAUGAGGAGUGUAAAGUUGUGUUCAUCUUUGAUGGUCUGGAUGAAAGCAGAAUUACACUGUUUUCAGACAGUGCAAAAGUUUCUGAUGUGACCGAAACUUCAUCAGUGGGUGUGUUGAUAUCAAACCUCAUGAAAGGAGAGCUGCUUCCCUCUGCUCUCAUCUGGAUCACCUCUAGACCAGCAGCAGCCAAUCAGAUCCCCUCCAAAUACAUCAACCGUCAGACAGAAAUUCAGGGAUUCAAUGAGCCUCAGAAGGAGGAAUAUUUCAGGAAAAGAAUCAGUGACGAGCAUCAAGUCAGCAAAAUCAUCUCACACAUCAGAAGAGCAAGAAGCCUCCACAUCAUGUGCCACAUACCAGUCUUCUGCUGGAUCUCAGCCACUGUGCUUAAAAAGCUCCUGGAAAAAGAUCUGAGUGCAGAAAUCCCCCAUACUCUGACUGAAAUGUACAUCCACUUCCUGCUGAUUCAGAUCAACAUGAGGAAUCAGAAGUAUGAAGAGAGAGAUCCAGAGAAACUCCUAAAGUCCAACAGAGAAGUGAUUAUGAAACUUGCCGAAGUGGCUUUCAAACAGCUGAUGAAGGGCAAUGUGACGUUCUAUGAAGAAGACCUAAGAGAGAGUGGCAUAGACGUCACUAAUGCCUCGGUGUAUUCUGGGAUUUGCACUGAGAUCUUUAAGGAGGAAUCUCUGAUAAAUCAGAGAAAAGUCUACAGCUUCAUUCAUUUAAGCAUCCAGGAGUUUCUAGCUGCUUUCCAUGUGUUUUACUGCUAUUUAAGCACCAUGGAGAGCCUUAAGGUUGUGUGGUUCAGUUUGGACCAUGGAGGACAUUUAAGGGUCAGACCAGGACUGAGAAAAUAUGCCUGUGACCUCACACUGGAUCCAAAUACAGCACACACUCAACUUAGUCUGUCUGAAGGGGGAAAAAAAGCAACUUAUGAGGAAAAACAUCAGCCGUAUCCUUAUCAUCCAGAGAGAUUUGUGUACCAUGAGCAGGUUCUGUGUCGAGAGAGUCUGACUGGACGCUGUUACUGGGAGGUCACCUGGGUUGGCACGGGUCAUGUAGCAGUGACAUAUAAAGAAAUCUGCAGAAAUGAAGGCAGUGACUGUCGGAUUGGACGCAAUGAAAAGUCCUGGAGUGUUUACUUUUGUGAUAACUUUUACACUUUUUGGCACAAUAAUAAGAACACUACCAUUUCUUCACCUUCACCCUCCUCUGACAUAUUAGGAGUGUAUCUGGACAGGUCGGCUGGCACUCUGUCCUUCUACAGUGUCUCUAACACAAACACACUCACACACUUACACACAUUCAACAGCACAUUCACUGGACCCCUCUAUGCUGGAUUUGUAGUUUAUCCUGACUCUUCAGUGAAAUUUAACCUGCUGUGAGAAAUGUGAAAUUAAUCAUUACUAACAUUUCUUUUUCCUUGCAGGAAUAACAUUUAUAUGCUCUUGAAACCUAAAUGUCCUCAAAAAUUGGGCCUAAGUCAGUGUGUGUCUGAAUCAUGUCCAAAUAUAAGAAAAGGGGAAAAGAAACAGCUAUCUAAAUAUAAUAGCCACAUGAUAUUGAGUAACCAACAAACUAAUAAACACGAUUUGGGUAGAUCUUGCUUUACCUAGUAACAGAAGGGUUUGACAUAUGAAGAACCAAUCAUAUUGUAGAAUGCUUUGCUAUGCUCCUAUCCUAUAUAAACUGUUGUAUUCUUUUUGCUAGCAGGAUUCUCUGUGAUUGAUAUAAGGUCCUCCGGCUGUGAUUAAAAUAUAUUUAAAAGGAAA